AUGAGUCACACAGAUGUUACCCCACCAUGGUGUUCCAAUCGCGUAGCUGCCUCAGCAUCCCCGAAAGAGGUACGAAAAAUGAAAUUCUGUCCAAUACUGCUAGCGUGUCUAGCAACAUGCACACUGGCAACUCAAGUGACGUAUCAAACGUCAUCUUCAUCGCAGAGUUCAAGCAAUACGAACCAACAACAACAGCAGCAAUGGUCUUGGCAAGGUCAAGAUUUGCUUGCUGCAUCUAACACGCAAGAAGAAUCAUUUCAUCCCGUUUCUUUCACUGCACCUGAUGCUCUCAAACAAGAACAGUCGCAGCAACAGCAAUUGUACAACCCUAAUAUCCAAUCGCAAUCGAGUGGAGUUGCUGAAGCAGUCGAUCAACGAACGGUGGAUUCUGUAAUCGAUAACAUUCUCAUCUAUAAUCGACAGGGACGCAAUCUCGAAGGUUAUGAUGUGCUCUACGCUGAUCCUGACGUGAAAAAUGCUCUCCAAUUAGGAAAUGAUACUGUAGCUCGUAGUUACAUCAAAGAUAAACUAUGCUCAUUAGGUCUCAUGAACUGCGAGAAUUUAGAAGGUCGCCGUCCAUAUUAUUCACCCCACCGUGAUAUUCAUCCCCAAGAAGUAAUCUACGCGCAACCCGUGACGAUAAAACCUGUUGGUCGUCCAUUACCAGCUGUGCCAGUGAAACGACCAUAUGGUUAUGGAAAACCAGGACCAUUAACACCUGGUUUCGCUCCUGGACCGAUUUUAUCAGGACCACCACCAUCUUUCAUCGGAGCCGGACAUGGACCAGUUUAUUCUAGACCCCCAUCAAGUUUUAUUGGGUCGCAGAUUGGUUUGAAGAAACCAGGUGGACCGAUAUACGGUACAAAACCGAUUUAUGAAUCUAGCCUUGACGCUGAAGUCGAUUUCGAUAAUAAAUUUCUCAACAAGAAGCAAGUGAUUCUACAACAAUCGGAUGGUUCCGUACAACAACACGUUCAUCAUCAUUAUCAUCAUGGAGAUUCGAUUGGUAAUACUGGAUCCACCCCGAUAAUUGGACCUGGUCCAAUUGGUAGCAAUGGUUUCAAUGCUUAUGGCUAUGGUAGUGGUGGUUCUUACGCCGGAGCAAUCAACGACUUCGAAGAUUAUAGAAAGAACUUUAAAAUCAAGGCAACUAACUCCGGUAACAGUUUGAACGAAGCCGCAUCGUCCAACAGUUACGCGAAUGCUUUUCCAACUUACGAGAAAAUAAAGGGAAAACAAUAUUCUGGAUUCGGUUCAAGCAAUUCGUACAUAGCAAACAAUAAUUUUGCUUCAAACAGUAACAACUUUGCCAGUGGUCUUGGAUCCUUUGAAAAUGGUUUCGACAAUGGGUUAUCAUCGUCAAAUUACGAGGACUGCGUGUGCGUACCUUACGAACAAUGUUCAACCAUCAAUCAUGUUGGACGCAAGGAUGAUCUUUACCUGGCAAUCGAUCCUCGCAAUCUUGGUAAAGAUAUCGAAGCUGAAACUGUUGAGGUUAUUGUCACCGAUGGAAAUGGUACGAUGAGCGUCGUAAGAGUCCCAAAAGGAGUCAACGGAACUAAUCAAGAUGAAUAUAGCAAAACACAAGAAAACAAUGAUCAAAUAUCGGAUUCUGAAGAAAAUAACGAUUUUGUUCCAAGUGAAAAGAGAUCCAAGAGAGAUACCACUAAGAGAUCUGAACAGAAUGAGGAAAAGAAAGCGGAAAGAUUGAUCGUCGGAGAUCUGGACACCUCGAAACUGAACGUGAAGCCUACUUGGGGCGUUAGUUUCGGUCUCCCCCAAACUAACAUUAAUCCAUUAAAUCCAUACGAUGGAUACGGUGGACAGGGUAUAAAUCUUGGUUUGGUAUCCGUAAAUCCAUUGGUAGCUGUGCAAGUAACCAAAGAUGAGUACGGGGAAAAAGUGAUUAAGCCAUUGGUGAAUCUACACGUAACACCAAAUCCAGGACUCGUUCAUAAAUUGGGAAACUUUCUAGCACAUAAAAAAGAAACUCUAUUGGACAAUUACGCACCGGAGUAUUAUCCAGCAGGGCCAAUAGUUUACGAAAAACCGAUUCAUCAUUACCCUUCCAAACCCUAUUACCCAAUUAACCAUGGUGGUCCUUUCUAUCACGAAAAACCCUAUCACCACAAUUACCAUCAUUCCAAUUAUCAUCAAAAUCCUUCCUACCAAAGUGGCUACUCUGAUUAUUAUCGUAAUGAUGACGAUGAUUACGACUACUCAGACGGUUUAGAAGAUUAUAAUGAUUAUUAUAGAAAUUCUCGUAUAAAUGCAUCGUACAACGACGAUGCUAGAAGAAAUCGUUUCUCCGCUAAGAGUUCAUCGAACGAAAGACAAAGUGGAAAGAUAGCUUUUCGAGAUAGAAAGAAGCGUGACUUGAAAACGAUCGAUAAAACGGAGGAGAGACAAUUCGGUCGUCCACCGACUUGCGGUCCACGUCACGUUUGCUGUCGAAGUAGCCACAUAAUUGGUUCGCGACCACGACCUGGUCAAUGUGGUACCAGAUAUACCAAAGGUGUUAACGCUAGAAUCAAAACUCCAGCUUACGUUGACGGGGAUUCAGAAUUCGGUGAAUAUCCUUGGCAAGUGGCUAUAUUAAAGAAAGAUCCCACCGAGAGUGUUUACGUUUGCGGUGGUACAUUGAUAUCGCCACGACACAUUAUUACCGCUGCUCAUUGCGUAAAAACCUACGCUGGACGUGAUCUGAGAGCUCGAUUAGGUGAAUGGGAUGUCAAUCACGAUGUUGAAUUUUAUCCUUAUAUCGAACGAGAUAUCGUCAGCGUUUACGUACACCCGGAAUUCUAUGCUGGCACUCUUUACAACGAUAUGGCUAUCCUAAAACUUGAUCAUCCAGUUGAUUUCGAUAAAAACCCACACAUCAAUCCUGCUUGUCUUCCGGACAAACAUGACGUUUUUAACGGAGCAAGAUGCUGGACUACCGGUUGGGGUAAAGAUGCUUUUGGUGACUUUGGAAAGUACCAAAACAUUCUUAAAGAAGUCGAUGUGCCUAUAGUAAACAACCAACUCUGCGAAAAUCAAAUGAGGAGAACAAGACUUGGACCAAGUUUUAAACUUCAUCCUGGCUUCAUCUGCGCAGGAGGGGAAGAGGGUAAAGAUGCUUGUAAAGGAGACGGUGGUGGUCCCAUGGUUUGUGAACGUCAUGGACAAUGGCAACUUGCUGGGGUCGUUUCUUGGGGUAUUGGAUGCGGCCAAGCUGGUGUUCCUGGUGUCUAUUCUCGUGUUUCUUUCUAUCUCGACUGGAUCCGACAAGUGAUCAAUCAAUAUUAA